CGUCCUACCAGAUCUCGGAGAGUACCUAGCAGUUACGAUCUGCGCCGCUUGCCACUGCCCUGCCCUGCGUCCGUGUGUCCCCGUUCUUACACAUUUCACGUCAGCUUUUUCCUCUUCGUGUACAACUUUAAGACAUUGCAAAGCUUCGACGGAGAGACAAACAGACAGACUCGUUGAGAGAGAGAGGUCAUCGUGCACUGAUUGAAUUGUCUCUUAAAAUUCGAGAAGAUGCUAAGAAUAUCCUUGGCGCUUAUUUUUGUGGCGUUGGGACGGUGCGGCAACCUCGUUGGAAAAGUGAACAAACACAAGCCCUGGAUAGAGACGUCCUAUCAUGGAGUAAUAACCGAGAACACGGACACUGUCCUUCUGGAUCCUCCCCUGGUGGCCCUUGAUAAAGAUGCGCCAGUCCCCUUUGCAGGUGAGAUCUGUGCAUUUAAGAUCCACGGACAGGAAGCCCCAUUUGAGGCGGUGGUGCUGAACAGGACGUCUGGGGAAGGACAGCUACGAGCCAAGAGCCCCAUCGACUGUGAGCUGCAGAAGGAGUACACCUUCGUUGUUCAAGCCUAUGACUGUGGUGCCCAGCCCAAUGGAGCAGACUGGAAGAAGUCCCACAAGGCAGUGGUGCACAUCCAGGUGGACGAUGUGAACGAGUUCGCCCCGGUGUUCCGGGAGCCGGUGUACCACGCGGCGGUGACGGAGGGGAGGAUCUACGACAGCAUCCUGCAGGUGGAGGCCUGGGACCAGGACUGCUCGCCGCAAUACAGCCAGAUCUGCAACUACGACAUCAUCACCGCCGACACGCCCUUCGCCAUCGAUCGCAAUGGCAACAUCAGGAAUACAGAGAGACUGAGCUUCGACAAGCAGCCGCGGUACAAGAUCAUGGUGACUGCGUUCGACUGCGGCCAAAAGAGGGCAGCGGAGAGCGUGCUGGUGCGCAUCGAUGUCAAGCCCGUCUGCAAGCCAGGCUGGCAAGGCUGGAACAAGCGAGUAGACUAUGACCCGGGGACCGGCAGCAAGCAGCUGUUUCCCAAGAUGCACCUGGAGACGUGCGACAGCCCUCUGUCCUCGGUGAGGGCCACCGUGGAGCUGCAGACCAGCCAUAUUGGGAAAGGAUGUGACCGGGAGACCUACUCCGAGAAGUCGCUGCAGAAACUGUGCGGUGCUGAGUCUGGCAGCACUGACCUUCUCCCCGCCCCCAGCGCUUCCACCAAUUGGACAGCCUCUCUGCUGACGGACAGCGGGAGGGACAGCGACCUCAUCUUCCGCUUUGACGGACGGCAGGCGGCCAACGUGCCGGACCAGGUGGUGCCCCAGAACCUGACGGACCAGUUCACCAUCGCCACCUGGAUGAAGCACGGCCCGAGUCUGGGCCCGAGGGCCGAGAAGGAGACACUGCUCUGCAACUCCGAUAAGACGGAAAUGAAUCGACAUCAUUAUUCCCUGUACGUCCACCACUGCCGCCUGGUCUUCCUGCUGAGGAGGGACUUCACGCAGGUGGACACCUUCCGCCCGGCUGAGUUCCACUGGAGGCUGGAGCAGAUCUGUGACCAGGAGUGGCAUUACUACGUGAUUAAUGUGGAGUUUCCCCUGGUAACUCUCUACGUGGACGGCGUGACCUAUGAACCCUACCUGGUAACAGACGAUUGGCCCAUCCACCCCUCCAAGAUUGAUGUCCAGCUGACAGUGGGUGCCUGCUGGCAAGGAGGUGAAGUCACCACUCCACGGUUCACCCAGUAUUUCAGAGGGAGUCUCUCAGGCCUGACCAUCCGCCCGGGAAAGAUCGAGACCCAGAAGGUCAUCUCCUGUCUGCAGGCCUGCAAGGAGGGUCUCGACAUAAACUCUCUGGAGAGCCUGGGCAGAGGCAUCAAGUUCCACUUCAACCCGGCCCAGUCCAUCCUGGUCAUGGAGGGGGACGACCUGGACAGCAUCAACGCGGCCCUGUCCAAGGUGUCCUACAUCAACUCCCGCCAGUUCCCCACGCCCGGGAUCCGGCGGCUGCGGAUCGCCACCUCCGCGCAGUGCUUCGGCGAGGACUCCUGCAUCUCCAUUCUGGAUGUGGAGACCGUGGUGAUGGUCCUGCCGCCCAGCGAGCCGCGCAUCACCAUCGCCGGGGCGGAGCUCCUGACCCGGCCCGCCCCCGACCUGCGCGACCCGGCGGGCGUGGCGCUCUUCCAGGACCUGCGCAUCGUCAGCACGGUCAGCAAGAGCGACGCGGCCGCACACAGCGCGGCCCACAGACCAGGAGUCAUUGAGCUCCUCCAUAACCUGGACUACUGCGACGUGCUGGUGAUUGGAGAGGAGCUGGACUCAGAGCAGGAGAGCCUGCACAUACCCCGUUCAGCCCUGCAGGGGAAGCACCUGGACGCCACCAACUCCACCUCGGGCAUCUCCAUCUAUGGCGUGGACUCCAUGUCACAUUAUGAGGAGGCCAUCCGGCAGGUGAGGUACCGCAACUGGCACCCGGCGGGCCUGAAGGAGCGCCGGUUCUGCGUCACCUGCUCGGAGCUCAACGGACGCUACACCAGCAACGAGUUCAACAUGGAGGUCAGUGUGCUCCACAGGUCAGAGGCCGUGGACCAUGUCAAUCACAUGGCUGCCCAAUCGCAGUACAUGCGGGCGGUGCAUCACCCAGUCAUGGUCCACAGUCUGAACUCCGCCCACAGCACAGGCACCCCCCCAGUAGCCACUGUGGUGAUUGUGAUGUGCAUCGCCGCCCUGGUGGUCAUCGUUGUCCUGGGCAUUUAUCGCAUGCAUGCAGCCCACCAGCUGGGCUCUAAGAGCGAGGAGGGCGACACCGAGCACAGGGAUGCUGACUGGGACGAGUCGGCGCUCACCAUCACUGUCAACCCCAUGGAGAAUGUCGAAGAGCCGAAGGCUGCGGAUGAGGAAGCCAGUGAAGAAGAAGAGGAAGAUGAAGAGGACGAGGAAGAAGAGGAUGAUGGACUGGAGGAUGACGUCACAAGCAUGGAGUCCGAAGAUAGUGAUGAUGAGGAGGCGGGGGUCCACAGGGGGACAGAGGAAGGCAAGAGCAAGGGCAGGCUGGAGUGGAAUACUACCUUAUCUUAGACUAACACACACACACUCACACUCAUGACAUAAAUACACAAACAUGCACUGAUGCACACGGAACAUCUAUGCCUUUCUAAAAAAAAAUUACAUUUCAGAUGAUAAAUUCCUUUGACCAAAUUCAAAUUUUUGCAACCAAUCUGUUUGCAAAACAAUGUCUCCCUCUGCUGAUUGGUAUUAUGUACUGCACCAUAAAGCCACACCGGCACAAUUGUAGAUCGACAUUUGUGUGAUUUUUCGUUUCCUUUCUGGGUCAAAAGCCACAAGAGCUCUGCCCCUUUUGAGCUGAUUCUUCUCGGAAUGCUCGGAACAGUUUCCAGCAAGUAGCAAAAAGAAGCUGUUUUGCGUGAAACAUACAAUGAAUCAAUGACAAAAUCCAUGCAAAGUACUUUAUAGACUGGACAUAGUACCUUUUGUUUCAUACAAUAUAUUGAAAAAUGUAAAAACUAAUCUUUGACAUGAACAUUAUUGCAUUUAUUUUCAGUAUUUUAAUAUCUUAAAGCAGUUUUUUAUGAUGGUAUAGCCUAUAUUUUAACGAUUACACUUAUGUUAAAUUUACAAUAGAAUAGAGUUUAGAAGAUAUGACUCGUCGCUAAUCGGGGUUUAUUAUUUUCCCGUUAUUCUUUAUUAACAUGUCUCACAUUUUUGUGCUUUUGUUUGUCAAAGAUUUCCCACUUUUCUCCUCUUGUCCAGGUAACACGAUGAGGGCAGAGGGAGCAAUGUCUUUUUAUAUACCGUUCUGUAGGUACACUAUAUGGUUCAAGUAGGAUAACUGAAGCACUUCACGCCAGCUUCUCUCAUUCGUGUGCAUUCAUACGGUAACUGCCUUUUCAUUGCGAUCGCCCGAUCUUUCUCUCCAUUCGCGGCCGACUUCCCAAUCGCCCUCCUCCAGGCAGAGGCUUUUGUGUGCACCUUCAAAACAGGUCAGCUAAGGUUGAAUUCUCCUUCGUAUGGCUUUGCUCGCACUCAGAACUGCCCCAGACCGAGAUCGACUUAGUUUCGGCCAGAGUAGCAAACGUCUUUUUUUCGCUUCAUUUUUAUUUCUCUCCAUGUUAAGUGCGUAUGUACGAUAUGCUGUAGAGCCUGGUUCUGCUCCGGUUGCACAGUACCAAACAGCACAAAUAUGCAAUGUCAAUCAAGUAACAUCCAUAAUACAUUGCAAAACUUGCAGAAAAUAUGCAAAAGAGAGAGCGACGUAAGAGUACAGUUUGUAGUUGGACCUCAGCAGAGGGUUUGACAUGGUGAGGGAUUGCUGAUUUUACUAGUUAACACCCUUCUGUUCACAAGAUUGCGUCGAUCUGAUACCCGUGUACUCUUCCGCACCAUUUUGUGAUUCGAAAUGCAGUACGACUGAACAAAACAGAUCUGUUAUGUUAAAAGGGCAAUUGAGUGUACACGUUUAUAGAGCCACAGUAAAUGCAGCUGUAAAUAAAGUGUUUAAUCAGAAAGCUGUAAGCGUGUUCAGAGCUUUCAACUGACACUUUGAAUUCUCCACGAGGCAGCAUGUGGAUUUGUCUUUCACUAAUGAAGAGUUUAAUUGUUAUUGCUCUGUUUCUUGCCGACUAAAUUGCUAAUAUCCACUUUCACUAAACUGACCAGUCUGCUACCAAUUAAGUUAGUGCAAAACUAUUAGUAUCACAUCAUCCUAAUUCAUUGAGUGUGGCCUGUUGUAGUUUAACCCUUAACUAACUACAGUACAUAAUUUACCAGCAUCUGGUCCAGAUGUGUUUAAAGAGCAGACGUAAGGACCCCGCCCCCAUCGGGGAGAACGUGGGUGGUGUUGUAGAUGGAUCUUUUUUUCUGUGCUUUAUUCUUGCCCAUGGUUUUCCUGAAGAGCUCCAUUUUGAAUUUGUGUAUUGGUUACAUGUAAAGUCUGUAGCAGUGAUUAGGAGUUCUUCCACCGCAUCAACUUUAUAAAGCCUGUGCUUGUGAUGUCAUCAAUGUGCAACUCCCCCCCCACCCCCUCCUCCCAAUCUCCACUCUGUGUUACCGCCUGCUUCGUCAGAUCAUGUUUUUGCUCGUCUCCAUGACUCCAAUGACGAUUAAAGAGCCAUUCGAAAUAUCUAGCCUGUAAAAAUGUGUAAAACUAUUUUAUAAGUUUUUCUUUAAUUUUCCCCCCCGUUUUUCUGUUCUUUCCUUUCCUUGAUGGUGACUGCAGCACUUUCUGUAUGUCAGCCAAUAAAGGCUUGUUUUAGAAUCCA